AUUCAGUCUGGAUCGGCUUGGCUAGUGUUGUCUUUGUACUUGGUAGUCGUAUCACACCUCUACUUUUCGCCCCUCUGUCCUCGUCACUCACCAUGGCUCCCUCUCUACACAUCUCCGCCGGUCCCGACGCCUCGUCUUUGGAGCCUCUGGCCGUGAACCACGAUGAGAUUCCUCUGACCAUCGACUCGCCAAACUUUCGUGGUCGAGCCACUGUCCGCAUCAAGUCCUUCACUGGGCACGACCCCGAGGGGGUGGAGCACCACUCGGACUGCAGCUACUUCAACGAGGAGCGGCGGCGUGGUAUAACCUGGUCUAUCCAGAUCCAGGGACGCUUCCUUGGAGAAGAGGAAGUGAGCGCAGAUGAUAUCCUCUUUGGCAACGCCUUUGAGCGGUCCAUUGCUUCUCAUCUACCUUAUGGCACUUCUCUCGCGCUGCAAUUCGUGAAGGUAGUGGACCCUAAUAUGCAGCAUGAUCUGUAUUGCGAUAAGCCGUGGGCCUUUUCGCCCUUUGUUGCAACUAUUACCCAUCUAAAUGUGCAGCGUCUGGAGAAGGAAGCUCUCACCUCCUCGUCCUCCGCCAAGGACGACUUCAAGGUAGAGGGCUACCCUGCUUUCCCCACUCCUGACUCGUCAGAGGGAAAGAACAGUACAGCCGCAAAAGGCACCGAGGGCUAUACGGUAGACGAUGUCUCUGCACUGGUCAUCUCGGACGAGAAGGACGACCGGGGGCGCAAUCAGCUUGCAAACCGUUACAAGGACAGUGGACUCACCGUCGACGCCUCCACCCUUGCCGGACUAAACUGGCCAGCAGACGAGACCUCGGGGGACAAAGAAGCUGCUGCUGCUCGUCGAAAGCUACUAGGAGCAGAUGCAGCGCGCAGGCAGAAAGUUAUGGUCACACCACAGGACGUCUUUACUGCCGACUUUUGCAAUGGUUUCCUCGACUUUAAUACACUCAAUCUCAAUUUGCCCUUCUCGGGAGGACUACACUUUGAUCUGAAGAAGUAUUGGGAUGGACAACCGGUCAAUUACUAUUGCAAGAACCGAAAGACGGGAAAGAUCUACUUUGUCGUCUCUUUCAACAUUCAGGAUAUGGAAGCCUAGGGCGUUCAGUGCAAGGGGAGGG